AUGGCCUACUUCCAAAUUAGAGCAUCAUCUGGCAUUGGUCUCGCCACGGUCGAGCUCUUCCUAUCCAAAGGCGCGAUCGUUUAUGGCGCCGACCUACAACCGCCCAAGACCUCCAUCACCACGGACAGGUUUACUUUCGUGCCUCUCGAUGUCACCUCCUGGACCGACCUGUGUGCCCUUUUCCAAGACGUUUAUUCUGCACACAAGCGCAUCGAUGUCCUUCACGCCAACGCAGGCAUGUACUCAAAGGCAAACUUCGUUGGGGUCUUGCAACAGCUCCCCGACGGCAGUCUCUCAGAACCGUCGAAAUUGACCUUCCAUGUCAAUCUGCACGCAUUGGCGAACCAAGUCGCAUUAGCUUCUCACUACAUGAUCAGCCAACAAAUCCCAGCGGGUGGUUCAAUCAUUCUAACAGCAUCCAGUACAUCCUACCAAUGGUUUGAUGCACCAGACUAUGUGCCGCUAUCGGUAGAGCAAUUCAACGAGUUAGGAGUAGUUAGUCAGCCCCCUGAGGCGGUUGCCAGAAGCGUUGCGCUGUUUGCGACGGAUGAAGGACGAAACGGGCAGUGUAUAUAUAGUCGUGGGGGCGAGUACGUGGAGAUGGAGUCGCCGAUGCGUCGGGUCAUGCUUAAACAAUUUCGCUACGAGGGUUGGGCCGAGGAAGACGAGAGGGAGAAGGUCAUUGAUAUCAUCUUCGUCAAGAGUGAACAGUCCGUGGGACAGGCUAUCAAGACUUGGUACAGGGCACUGACGGCCUCACCGGCCGCUGCAGCAGUACCGAAUGCUCCUGCCCCUACACUCCUUGCGAGCUCCGCACCAUGGAGUGGCAACGACACUGCUGUUGCAUCGGCCAGCAACGGACAGCCACAAACACACCAUAUCGACACCGAAUGGCGCCGCGCAUCGCGAGCAUUGUGCACAGCGGGUUGGGCGACCAUUUUCUAUUUGAUUACCACCGACGUGAUCGGCUGGGCACAAACGCCGUUCGUUUUUGCUAGCGUCGGGUACAAUACCGCUAUUGGCAUCUUCGUCUUGUUUGGUCUUGCCGCCAUGGCCUCAGCUCUGAUGAUCCGGCGCACAUUUGUUGGUCUUGACUCAUCUCGCUAUCCGAUGGUCAGCUUUGGCGACCCAUUCUUCCGCCUGUUUGGUCCCAAGACGCACUCUUUUAUCUCGCAUGCCCAGAACUUCCAGAUCUUCUGCGCCGUAGCGGUCAACAUCCAGCUCAUCUGCCAACUGAUGUCGCAGCUCAACGGUGGGCGGUUGUGCUGUAUCGUCAUUGGCAUCAUCUGCACCAUCAUUGGCAUCUGUUCGUGCGUGCUGCGCUCGCUAGCACACGUGGGCAUCUUCGCCAUGUUCUGCGUGUGGACCAAUGUCGCCAAUUUCAUCAUGAUUCUGGUCUUUGCCGCCAAGUUUGGACCUAGGCCAGAGUACGCACUGCAGACCACACUGCUUAAAAACGCCCUGCCGGUGAAGACAUUCUGGGGAGUACCUCCUGCACAGUACCAACAGCAGUCAACAGACCUCUUCGUAGCCCAAUUCAACGGCAUCAACAGUAUAGUUUACGCUUAUUCGGGCGCGUUGGCCUCCGUGGCCUUCCUGUCUGAGAUGCGCCAUCCCAUGGAUUUCUGGAAAGCGGCGUUGCUGGCGCAGGUGCUCAUCAUCGUGCUAUACCUCGUCUUCGGCACAGUGGUCUACACAUUUUUCGGCCAGUACACUGUCGGCUCUACCACGCAAGUUGUCUCGCCCCAUUCGGUCCAAGUCGCUAGUAUGGUUCUCGCACUGUUGACUUCUUUCAUUGCGGUCUUUAUGUAUUUCAACAUCGGCAUGAAUAUGGUGUAUGUCAACUUCGCACAGCCGAUGUGCAACCUACCACCGCUCCAUACUCAGAAAGGCUACAUGUGGUGCUGA